AUGCCGCAGACUUGGUAUCUUAUGUUUCAUAAAAGCCCUGGAUACUCUGUGCUAACAAUUGCUUUUGAAGGACAUUAUGUUGAGUCUGAAGACAAGGGAGGGCAGGGUUUGAUGUGCAUGUUGGGAAAUUCAGUAUCUCCUUUUUCAGAAAGUCCUCCUGAUUUUUCUACGUGGUCAUUGAAUUGUGGCUGCAAGAAUAACCGCGAAUUUUCUCCUGUCAAAGAUGAUCGAAUUAUGCUUGUUCUUCAAUAUCCUCAGAGUUUCACUUUGACCAGCGGGACAAUAGUUGGUGACCUGAGAAGUUUGACCAGACGGUCAGACCCCAAAUAUUUUGACGACAUCAGUAUCGUUUCCCGGCUCAGUCAUCAAACCUAUGACUCCAGCUAUCAGUUCAUCUCCAAGAAGAUUGUCUCAAAAGCAUGCAACUCGAACUUGUACCAACACGAAUUGUCAGACAAGAGAGGUGAUGUAUAUCAUGGGAACCAUUUCUAUAGAGUCCUUCAAAACUUUGCUUCUGAAAAAUUUGAUAUUGCAGUGGAAAAUUGCAACAGUAGCAACAUAUGUAAGAACUUGGGGCCUUUUGUACUCGGUGAGAAGGUUGAAAGCAAAGACAACAUCUUUCAUAAGUUUCGGCUGAUGAUGACUGAUCUUCGUUGCAUUUUAGGGGACAAUAUCAGUAAGCUCAGAGCUGCAAAGGUUUCUGCAUUCUUUAGAGUCAUAUCUCCUUUGGAGGAUGUUUAUUAUUCUGGGGCUUGGAGUUGUAUCUCUGGAAUGACCAUCUCUGCAGAAGGAACUUGGAAUCCUUCAUAUGGGCAGCUGUGCAUGAUUGGCUGUGUUGGACUUGAGAACGAUAUAAACAGGUGCAAUUCUAAAAUAAGCUUAGUAAUACCUGUCACAUUAUCAAUCACUCAGCGGAGCAUUCUCAUGGGCACUAUCACUAAUAUUCAAGGGACAGAUUCGUUUAGCCCUUUGCUUUUUGAAAAGAAAGUCCAUCCUUCUGAUAUCUGGAACAGGUAUCAUGACUAUAGCAGGUCUUAUUUAUCAUACAAGUACUCCAAGAUUGAUUUGGCCAAUGAUUUUUGGAUGAGAAGCAAGAAGUUCAACAUACGCACCGUGGUUCAUGAUUUGAUCUUCAAGUAUCCAAGCACUGAAGAUCGUGAUAACUUGACUCUGCUGUCUUCUCUGUCCAGUAAGCUGUCUUUUCAUGUCAAUGCUCUCCCAGAUCAUAAUCAUGAACACAAAUUGCCAGAGACACUCGUUUACUUCGAGAUACUCACUUUGGGCAAAUUAUUUGGACGUUAUUGGUCCGAAUUAACAAGGCAUGAUAAUGGGGUAGCUGUAUUCUGGAAAUCGAGAUAA